GUGGGCGAACGAACCAGUCGCGAGCCACCGCUGCAACGGCCCUACCCAGGUUCCACAUUCCACUUGGCCCUACAAGCUGCAGUGGCUCAUAUCUCCGAACGUUUCUGACAGAGACAGGGAAGUCGCCAUCCAGGAGUUCCUCGAUGCGAAUGAUUGCUGCAUCGGCCAUGUGGGUCGUACGUUCAGGCGCCGAUUCCCGACGGGCCGCGCGCUGCCCCGCCGCAAGGCCGCAGCGACGAGUUUGUUCUGGCAGAGGGAGCUGAUGUUCACGACCGCCCCAGCCGAGUGCGAGCACGAGGCGAUGGCGGGGGAGAUGGCGCCCAGCGCCACAGGGCUGGCGCAGGGGGCCGCGCUCGGCCAAGAGAGGGGCCUGCCCAUCGGCGCCAUCGCGGGCCCGCGCGCCGAGCCCCUCCUCCAGCUGGCUGACCGCCCUGCAUAUGCAGCGGGGGAUGGCGACUCGGCCGAGAUUGGCGACCAAUUCGACGGCGUCGACUUGGAGGAGCUCGCCAAGGGCGGUAACCCGACGAUGGCCUGCUCGAACAGCCAAGUCCACUGGAGGAGGGAGUUCCUCAAUCGACCAUUGCAGAGACACGAGGUCGACGCGGAGCACCGGAGAAACUGCACGGAAUAUGACGAGGACGAGACCAUGCGCGCGAUGGAGACGCCCGGUCAGCCAGCGUGGCCAGAAAGCAUACAGGGCGGUGACACCGUCGAGGGUGUCCCUAUCACAUCCACAGUGCUCGCGAACUACCAUAGCUCGCUCAGCCCAGAAAGCAUGGAGAAGCCAGCCGCCGACGCGAACCCGUUCGUCGUCGCGCAAGGGCAUGGCCUGCAAGACCGCGUCUCAUCGACGGAGUCGCUGCGGGGCCGCGGCGGCGAGCGGCACAACGUUUGCACCAAGAUGCCGGCCCGGCGCAGCACCUUGCGCAGGUUCGACGUCGCUAAG